GGGAACCUACCUGUCAGCAGAAUCCCGACACUGAAACCUCAACAUAAAUCAAACACUUCCCUGGGCAGGGAAUGUCUGUGUCAGGCAAGAAUUAGAGACGAGCGGUCAGCAGAGCCUUGGUGCCCGGUGCCGAUCCAUCCGUCAAGCUGGGAGCCUGGGAGCAGGAAGAUGUCGAAUGAACUUGAUUUCAGAUCUGUACGGCUGCUAAAGAACGACCCAGUUAACUUCCAGAAAUUCCCCUACACUAACGAGGAUGAGGCCUGGAAGACCUACCUUGAAAAUCCCUUGACGGCGGCCACGAAGGCCAUGAUGAGAGUCAAUGGAGACGAUGAGAGCGUUGCAGCCCUGAGCUUCCUCUACGAUUACUACAUGGGCCCCAAGGAGAAGCGGCUACUGUCCUCCAGCACUGGGGGCCGGAACGACCAAGGAAAGAGGUACUACCAUGGCAUGGAAUAUGAGAUGGACCUCACCCCCCUUGAAAGCCCCACGCACCUCAUGAAAUUCCUGACAGAGAAUGUGUCUGGAGCCCCAGAGUACCCAGAUGUGCUCAAGAAGAAUAACCUAAUGAGCUUGGAGGGGGCUGCACCCACGCCGGGCAAGGCAGCUCUCCUCACCCCAGGCCCCAGCAAGCUGGAAGCUGGCUCUGUGGAUGGCUACCUGCUGCCCACCAAUGAUGUGUAUGAUAAUGGCUCCCUCAGCUCCUUGUUUGAGAGCAUCCAUGGGGUGCCUCCCACACAGCGCUGGCAGCCUGACAGCACCUUCAAAGAUGACACACAGGAGUCGCUGCUCUUCCCAGAUAUCCUGAAAACAUCCCCGGAACCCCCGUGUCCAGAGGACUAUCCCAGCCCCAAGAGUGACUUUGAGUACACCCUGGGCUCCCCUAAAGCCAUCCACAUCAAAUCAGGCGAGUCGCCCAUGGCCUACCUCAACAAGGGCCAGUUCUACCCUGUCACCCUGCGGACCCCAGCAGGCGGCAAAGGCCUUGCCUUGUCCUCCAGCAAAGUCAAGAGUGUGGUGAUGGUGGUCUUCGACAACGAGAAGGGCCCGGUGGAGCAGCUGCGCUUCUGGAAGCACUGGCAUUCCCGGCAACCCACCGCCAAGCAGCGGGUCAUCGAUGUGGCUGACUGCAAAGAAAACUUCAACACUGUGCAACACAUUGAGGAGGUGGCCUAUAAUGCACUGUCCUUUGUGUGGAAUGUCAACGAGGAGGCCAAGGUGUUUAUCGGCAUCAACUGCCUCAGCACAGACUUCUCCUCGCAGAAGGGGGUGAAGGGUGUCCCCCUGAACCUGCAGAUCGACACCUACGACUGUGGCUCAGGCACUGAGCGCCUGGUACACCGAGCUGUCUGCCAGAUCAAGAUCUUUUGUGACAAGGGAGCAGAACGGAAGAUGCGGGAUGAUGAGCGGAAGCAGUUCCGGAGGAAGGUCAAGUGCCCCGACUCCAGCAACAGUGGCAUCAAGGGCUCCCUGCUAUCCGGCUUCCGGGGCAAUGAGACCACCUACCUGCGGCCUGAGGCAGACCUGGAGACCCCGCCAGUGCUGUUCAUCCCCAACGUGCACUUCUCUGGCCUGCAGCGCCCUGGAGGGGCAGUGCCCUCAGCAGGACACGGCACCUCCAACAGGCUGCCUCUGAAGCGUACCUGCUCACCCUUCACCGAGGAGUUUGAGCCUCUGCCCUCCAAACAGGCCAAGGAAGAUGAUCUACAGAGAGUGCUGUUGUACGUGCGGAGAGAGACUGAGGAGGUGUUUGACGCCCUCAUGUUGAAGACCCCGGACCUGAAGGGCCUGAGGAGUGCGCUCUCUGAGAAGUAUGGGUUCCCUGAGGAGAACAUUUACAAAGUCUACAAGAAAUGCAAGCGGGGGUAAGUGCCCAGCACAGCUCUCCCUCCUCACACCCCCACCCUGCCCCUUUCCCUCUAAAACGUUGGCUCAGGGAGCUCCCAGCGGGUUCGCCCUGCCUGGCAGAGGCCUGCUGCUCGGAGCUGAGCUGUGUUUUGUUUUGUUUUGUUUUGUUAACAUCUUUAUUGGAGUAUAAUUGCUUUACAAUGGUGUGUUAGUUUCUGCUUUAUAACAAAGUGGAUCGGUUAUACAUAUACACGUGUCCCCAUA